AUGUUUACUAUUAUUCGUGAUAAUUUCAUAAAAUUAUUUAAUGAGUUGAAAGAACAAAAACAACAUGAAGAUGAACAGAAAAAAAAACUAUUUUUUAUUGAACUAAAAAAAAUUAGUCUUAAAAAAUAUAUUAAUACAAAUGAAAGUGAUUUUCAAGCUGCUGUACUCGAUUUACUUGUUCAAUUACUUUUAAUUCGUCAUUUUAUUUAUUGUAGUGCUGAAUUUCUUAUUAUGUUAUUACAUGAUACACUUCAUUCAAAACAAGUUAUUAAAGUACAAGAUUUAAUAAAACAUUAUGAUUCAUUAUUAGUAAGUGGACAUGAACCUGAAAUACAUAUUGAUGGAACACGAGAUGAAACUUUUAGUGCAACUCUUCUUCGAAUUUUACAUGACGUAAUAUUACGAAUUUUAACUAAUACUCAACAAUUACGUGGUCAAAUCAAUGUGACAUUAGCUUCUCUUGCAUCCUAUUACCUUUAUGUACUUAUGUAUAUUAUGGACUAA